AUGGACGAGAACGGAAAUACCAUCAUCAAAACGAAACCAAGAACUGGAGCGAGACGCGUUCUCGUUACCGGUGGCGCUGGAUUUGUCGGGUCGCACUUGUGCGAUGCCUUGGUCGCGAGAGGCGAUUACGUCAUAUGUUUAGAUUCCCUCUUUACUGGAUCCAAAGACAACAUCAAGCACCACUUUGGGAAGGAAAACUUUGAGUUUAUUCGCCACGACGUCGUCGAACCGAUCUUGCUCGAAGUCGACGAGGUGUAUCACUUGGCGUGCCCAGCUUCUCCGAUUCACUACAAGUUCAACCCGGUGAAAACGAUUAAAACGUCCGUCAUUGGUACCAUGAACAUGUUGGGUUUAGCGAAGCGCACCAAGGCUAAGUUUUUGUUGACGUCCACGUCCGAGGUGUACGGUGACCCGUUGCAACAUCCGCAAACGGAGACGUACUGGGGUAACGUGAACCCGAUUGGUGAACGUUCGUGCUACGAUGAAGGUAAGAGAUGCGCGGAAACGUUGGCGUUUGAUUACUACCGCGAACACAGAGUGCCAAUUCGCGUGGCGAGAAUCUUCAACACGUACGGUCCGAGAAUGGCUUUGGACGACGGUCGCGUCGUUUCCAACUUUGUUUCGCAAGCGUUGACUGGAACUCCGAUGACGGUGUACGGCGAUGGUCAGCAAACGAGAUCGUUCCAAUACGUUUCCGAUUUAGUCGCUGGUUUAAUGGCUCUCAUGGAUGGUGACGAUACCGGUCCAAUCAACUUGGGUAAUCCGGGUGAGUUUACCAUGUUGGAACUCGCCGAAAAAGUGAAGGAAGUCGUCAACCCGAAAGCCGAAAUCGUCUUCAAGGAAAACACGCAAGACGAUCCGUCGAGAAGAAAACCAGACAUUUCCAAGGCGAUGAAGGUAUUGGGUUGGGAGCCAAAAAUUAAAUUAGAGGAUGGUUUAUUGCACAUGAUUGGCGACUUCAAGACUCGCUUGGGAGUAUAA